AUGGAUACUGACACAUGCCUUAACCCAAAUGCCACCUCACAACAACCUCUUCAACCAGGCCCUCACAUAGAACAAACUCAGAUAGGGGAUAUCACCAGAAACUCUGAUAGUCCUCUUCAGAGAAAACCUAGAGGCUGGAAAAGGAAACAGUCCACAGAGGUGAAACAAAAACCUUCUCCAAUCAUACCAAGGGGUUGUAGAGGUCAAUCAGAACUGAAACCACCGGCGACACUCGCGAACGCCAUUGGCCAACGAAUUGGCGGCGGCAGCGGCGGCGGCCUGAAACUUGAUAACGUCGCCGAUGGAGUAUUCCGGCACCGUCAAAUGGCGGUGAUUGAUGCGUCUAGUGGCGACGGGCGGCCUCUGGUGUCGAAUUCGGCGGGCGCCAUUGGCCGUCGAUCCGGCGGCGACGGGCGGUCUCCAUUGUGA